AUGACAACUUCGGUUAAACGUAAGAAAGUGACUGAAACAAUGGAACAAAAACUCCAAGCUUUAUUUCGUAUUGAUGCUGGUGAAUCAUUAACAAAAAUCGCACAAGAGUUAGGAGUGGCCUCAAAACUAGAUUCUGUAGCCAAAGGAUAUAAAGUGAAAAAAGAACGAGUAACUUUACUUCCUUGCAGUAACGCUUCUGGUGAUUUAAAAUUUCCACUUUUGGUGAUCGGAAAAUCAGUUAAGCCUAGAGCUUUCAAAAACGUUAAUAUGAGUGCACUUCCAGCUCAAUACACUUCACAAAAAUCUGCUUGGAUGAACGGAAACAUUUUUAAAAAUUGGUUUUUUGAAACAUUUGUGCCUACAACAAAGACAUUUUUGAAACAGAAAAAACUUCCAAAAAAAGCUGUAUUGUUUAUAGAUAAUGCUCCGUGUCACCCUAGUGAAAGUGAAUUACGAGAUGGUGAAAUUUAUGUGAAAUUUUUGCCACCUAACGUGACGUCAUUGAUACAACCAAUGGAUCAAGCCGCAGAAGCGUGGGAAGGAGUUAAGCCAGAAACACUUCAAAAAAGUUGGAAAAAAUUGUGGCCUAAUAUUCCUCAAGAAAACUAUAGACGAGAUGAAACAACUUCAAAUGAAGACACUGAUUUCAUUCAAGUUUUUCAAGAGUUGAAAGGUUGUGCCGAGGUAGAAGCAAAUGAUAUUUCUGAAUGGAUAAACGGUGACACUGAUGUUGGUCAUCAGGUUCUUAGUGAUGAUGAAAUUGUAAAUGCAUGUAUUGAAAACAUAGAAAUAGAAGUUGACAGUUCAGAAGAUGAAGAUGAUGGUACAGAUCAAUCAACGGGCCCAACACAUGGUGAAGCAACUGCAAUGCUGGAGCAGUUGAUGACUUCGAGAAACAAAGUGAAACAUCUUCUGCUGAGCUACUGA